AUGGCCGAGCCAAAGCCCUCGACGAGCUAUAUCGAGUCUGUUGGUGACGAGAAAGCCAUAUCUUAUGACCCAAAAGAGACUGAAGAAUACGAUCCAAAUGAUCCUCAGAAUUGGUCGACGGUCUCUAGAUUGACGACGUACCUCACCAUCUGCUUCUAUACCUUCCUCGCCAAUGUCAAUAGCAGUAACUUCACAGUGGCUACAAAGGCCAUUGUUCAGGAAUUCGGCGUCUCCCAGACCCAAGCCGGCGAGUUGGUGUGCUUCAACGUCUUCCUGUUUGGUCUGGGAAAUAUCUUCUGGGUUCCAUUGAUGCGAGUGGUGGGGAAGCGGCCAGUAUACCUGACGUCGAUGCUGCUGCUCUGUAUGAUGAAUGUAUGGUCCAGUCGUGCAUCGAGUUAUGGCGAACUGCUCUCGUCGCGGAUCCUCUCUGGCUUCGCGGCGGCGGCAGCAGACGCCACCGUGCCUGCAGUGGUGUCGGAUAUGGUUGCUCCUCAGGACCGAGGUCAUUACCUCAUGGUUUUCCACCUCGCUCUUACGAGCGGUCUGUUUAUCGGUCCGUUGAUCAACGCGUACCUCGUGCAAGAGGAGAACUGGCGGUGGAUGUGCUAUUUUCUAGCCGUCGCUGUUGGUGUCGUCUUUGUGACGGCUAUCUUUACAGUGCGGGAGACAACGUAUCGUCGAGAUCGACCCCGUUCAGGCAGAAGGACUCCAUGGCAGUGGAUGUCGUUGACGUUGGGGUAUAACCCUGAUGCUUCGUUUGUUAGGACGCUGCUCGACAUUGUUUGGAACGUGGGAUACCCGCAGCUCUUGUGGGCUGCUUUUGCCAUUGGCAUAUCCGUUGGAUGGAACAUCGUUGUCCAGCUGACAGCUUCGAGAACAUUCACUGCUCCUCCGUACAACUGGUCGGCGGGAAGCCUAGGUCUGCUCUCGCUCUCUGGAUUCAUCGGCUCCGUGCUGGCUUUCUACCUCGGUGGCCGUCUGAUUGAUAUCAUCUCGACUCGAUAUACAAAGCGCUCAGGCCAGCGUUUGCCUGAAUACCGUCUACCCGCCAUCGUGAUCCCUGGUGUUAUAGGACCAGGCGGACUCCUGAUCUUCGGACUAUGUAUUGCACAUCAGGUCCACUGGAUCGGAGCCGCUGUUGGAUAUGCUAUGCAGGCUUUUGGCGUCGCGGCGAUUUCCAAUGUCGCUGUUACCUAUUGUCUGGAUUGUUAUAAACCGCUCACCGGUGAGGCCCUGGUCAUCAUCUUUGUCAUCCGCAACACAAUAGGCAUGCUGCUUUCCCUCUAUGCUGCCGACUGGAUCACUCAGCAAGGACCCGCUGCGGUGUUUGGCGAGAUGACCGCUAUCCAGGCGGCCAGUAUUCUUCUAGCAAUCCCGUUGUUCUCCUGGGGCGGGCCGCUCCGGGCGUGGACCUCACGGUAUGGGCCUAUGAAGAGGUUCAUGAGCGCGGGUGAGAACCGAUGCUUAUGA